UAUGUAUGCGUAUGCAUACAUUAUUAAAAAAAAAGGUUUUGGAAUAUCAACCAGCCAGUUGUAGAUGAGAAAAACAGACAGGGUGUUUAAAAUUGCGACUUGGUCUCCUAAUUUGUUUGUGCUUUCUCCCCAUCUAGUGCCGCCCCUCCCUUUCGCUGAAUGUCAGUAUUUUCGACUAGUGUCGACAAACAGACGAGACAUAUGUCUGCCUCUGCGUCUCCAAUAUAAUUGUGUACAUAUAUUGUAUAUACUUUUCUUGUAUUUUCUAAUCAGAAAAGCAGCAAAUAAAUAAAGUGCAAGAACAACAAUCAGGAGACAAAGCAAAAAAGAACCGAACGCAACGAAAAUUCGACUGAGAGAGUAAAACACGCGCAAGCUAGCAACGCGACCACUGUUGCCGAUUCCGUCCCCAAUCAGCCCCAAUCAGACCAACUUAUUAGGCAUUUAGCCGCACAGCAUCGCAGCCACUGCUCCGCUCUUUGGGGCUACUCAAAUAAUUCGUAUCGGUAUACAUUAUCGCGCUCUCUCGGUAGUACGAAACUGGCAAAAGAGUGUUCGGAACGAGUGAAAUAAAGAAUAGAAAGAAAAGAAAAGGAGAGCAGCAGAAGUAGCAGAAUCCAGUUGGAUUUUUGACAUUUCAGCCUCAGAGCGCCACAAUUUGGUCAUCAGUCGAACGGUCAGUCGCGAGGUCGUUUGUUCAGCGUAUUUUUCUGCAUGCGCAUAUUUUCUAAAUACACUCAACCGUACAAACGCAUAAAUUUUUACUCACACAUGCAUAUAUGUUCAUAUGGAUGGAUGUAUUCGCAUAUGAAUAUAACUAUUUGUGGAGAUACGUCGCACCAAUAAGUGAAAUGUGCAGUGUUUGCGAAUUUGCAGUGCAUGUGAAGAUGUCAUAUAAUGUUUUCAGAAAUUUCUAAAAUUGUCAGCGCUGCUUUGAAAUUUCGUCGCUGCCAAAAACCGGGCUGUUUGUAAAGUGCGCAAACAAGCAAAUUAAAACGAAAGUUGCAAAAGCACAGAAAAGCUGGGGGUGGAAGAGAGUGUCAGUGGUAGCGAAACGGUCUUGGUGCUGUAUGUCGCAUUUACGAAUGAAAAUGACUGACUACAAAAAUGCCGUCGGAAGUGUAUGCGAAAAUAAUUAAAGCAGUGAAAAAAUAGAAGUAAUAUAAGAAAAUUUGGUGUAUACAAAUUUUCAAAAUAUAACAAAAUAGUAUUAAAAGGCACAUAAUUAAUAAAAUAAAGGAAAUAUAAUAAAAUAUUAAACUUGUGCCACUGCAUGAUGUGCCAAAGUGUAAAAAAAUCAAUUAAAAUUGUUCAAGUGGAGAAGAGUGCGAUUAAAGUCGAAAUUUUUGAAUGUGAACAUCUGUAAACAAGUUAAAGUCGGUAAAUUGGACUGUUCUGUUGGUGUGUGACUUGAAGUUACUCAAAUUUUUAUUAGUCUCUGAGACUGCCGCUUCAGCACUACCUUCGUAAGAAGGAAGUGUUCAAAAACGGAUAAUAAAAAAAAUGACUGAGUACGUUACGCCCAAUAUUCACACAGUGCUCAAAAAGUAUCAGACAAGUGCACCAAAAAGUUUACAGGGACCUGGUCAUGCGUUACCAGUUGCUGGCUGCCAGACCGGCCCCAAUUGCCCGCUGGAUGCCACUUUGACUGGCGUGAGUGGCAGCGGUGGCAACCACACAGACCUAAAUACUGGAGGCGUUCGUAAUCUUUGUUCUGGGCACCUGUCGCUUGGGAAUUUGCCAUCCAACAGUUCCUCCAGUAGUGUCCACAAAAUAUCGUCUAACUGCCCGCAAAUAGUAUCAUCACAAUCUUGCUUGAAUUCACCAAAUGCGGGUUCCGCCUUGCCACCGGUCGCACCGCUGAUUAAAAAAGAAGUUCUCAGCUCACCCGAACCACAUGAGCUGGGUGAAAUAUUGCCAUCGCAAUCAUUGCCACUUCCGUUGUCAAUGUCGUCACAAACAACGCAACCUCAAUCCCAAACAGUUCCUUCUCAGCCUCCUGUUACCACAGUUAAAAUUAUACCACCCCCACCACCGGAGUUGUCGCAACCCAUCUUUACCGCACCAGACUCGGGCUCCGGUGUAUUAUACGAAACGCGAUUGGAAGGAAAAACUAUUGGCUGUUUCUCGCUAGGCGGAGAAAUGCGUUUAUGUCUGCCUCAGUUUCUAAACAAUGUACUAGCCGAUUUUACCCUUGAUCAAAUAAAUCGCAUAUUUGAUGAAUUGGGCAUCUAUUGUUCUCAAUGUUCACCUGAUCAACUGUUGGAAUUCAAAGCAGCAAAAAUUUUGCCUACGGAUGUGAAAGCGUCCGGUUUGAUAACACGCACUGAUGCAGAGCGUUUGUGCGCAGCACUUUUACAUCGGGUAGACCGAAAUAAUUACAUUAGCGAUGACGACAUCCCGAAAGGUGCCAUUUCCUUCAAAGUAUAUCACCGCUGUUUCGGGAAAUGUGAUGGUAUCUGCACACCCGAACUUUACUCAUACACAAAGCCAACUUGCAUCAUGUGUCUGGAAUGCAAGGGAUGGUUUUCGCCACAGAAGUUUGUGGGCCAUGUUCAUCGGGAAGUCGAAAAUCGAACAUGUCAUUGGGGUUUCGAUUCACGCAAUUGGCAUGACUAUUUACAUGUGGCUUUAGAUGUCGAAAAUCGAGAAAAGUAUCAGAAGAUUUUGGAUGAGCUGAAGGAGGUCGAAAUCAAGGAAGCUGUAAAGGCACAAAAUGAAAUACUCUACAUGAAACGAAAGCAUGCAUUACAUGUGGAUGACGAAAUGCUCACUUCUCAGAUGGGACAUUCGCCAUCAAGUAUGGUACCACCACCACACCAACAGGUCUCCAAUAUGAGCGAUAAGCAGCGCACUGAAAUGCUUGCUGUUCCAACGAAGAAAGCGAAAGGUCUUGAAGAAGCCGCUGCCUAUCAGCUGGAAUAUCAGCACUAUCAGUCCUUUAUGUAUGCCCACUGUGCCCAGCAGCAAAGGAUCGGCUCAAUGUCAGCGUUUAGACCGUGGGCACCGAAAUCUUUCCUACAUCCGGCUGCAACUUAUAACGCGGUAGCAGCAUUCUCCACACUACCCUAUUUAAGUCAAGAACCACCAGUGUUGCAAAAUCCCGAAAGAGUAGUGCGUAGCACAGAUCGUGAACGUUUCGAACGCACCUACCAGCCAAAUGUGGCUCUUGUGCCACGAAAAUGCGUAUUGGUUAAGGAUAGGGAAAAGGAGCACCGCGAGUAUAGAGAACGAGAAAGAGAUCGCGAACGCAUUGAACGAGAACGAGAUCAGGAGCGUUCAAGAGAACGAGAGAAACGUGAACAACACGAUCUCGAGAGGGGUCGAAGAGAACGAGAAAUACAGCAGUUGCAGCAGCAACAUUUACUCCAGCAACAAACUAUGCAUCAGCAACAAAAAUCUGCACAAGAACUGCAAGAGCAAGUGUCACUGUCAAGUUUGUGCCCCACUGAACUGAAAAUAAAACAAGAACGUGCCAAUACACCGAACGAGAUACCGCAGUCGCCACCGCUUAUUAAUACCAGCGGAGAUAACGAGGAUCCUCCCGAUUGCCGUAUUAAUAUACCCAUUAGCGAUAAUGUCGCGACUUUGCCAUUAGUAUCGCCUAUAUCGUUGACGAUGAACCAACAACAACGAAAAAUGCUAAGCAAUAACAAUAGCAGCAGUAAUAGCAAUAGUAAUGGCAGCAGUUGUCAUAGCGAUGCAGACGUUAUGCUUCAACAACAGCAGCAACUUCAAGAGCAGCAGCAGCAAUUGCAACCUCGACGUCAUUCACUUUAUACCUCAAACUCUUCUGCUAGUUCAACAUCGUCGACGGCAUCUACGACGCCCCCACAGCAACAAUUACUGCCUGCUCACCUGCCCCCUUCAAAACAAUACCAACAAGAUCACAAACAUGCCCAAACCUUGGUGCAUCAGGAGCAGCAAACCCGUUUAGGACAAUCGCCACGCACGUGCCCUCUCUCUCCAACAGAUUCACACAGUUCUCAAGAAUUUUCCGGUUCGAACGAGAUCACAUCUUCCACAUCACCUGCCCCAUGCAACGAUAGCAAACAUAUUAGCGGCGACAAUGGACCGCACUACCUUCAUAGACGAGAAAUCGGCCGAGAUCAACCACUUAUUGCUACGGUGAAUCAGCAUGCAAAGCUUCUGCCAUCACCAUUAUCAGCAAAUUUUACUGCCAACAACAAUAGCAACCACAACGAAUUGCAUAGCCGAAUUCGGAUAAGCAAAAAUUUAAUCAAUCGGUCGAAUAUAAUGAGAUCGCCAACACCUCCACCAUCACUACCUCCAACAGCUGCAUUGUCCCAACUUCAUACGCAACAAGAGCCCAGUCACACACCACAACAACAACAGCUACAACCCCAACUGCAAAUAUUGCAACAGCAUCAGCAACAGUACGAAUUUUAUAAGCACAAUCAGCGAGCUUACGAUCAACAACGUCAGCAGCACCAACACCAGGCGCUAUCAACAAUACAACACCAACACAUCCUCAUCCGCUCUCAACCAAAUUUGCAGCAUGUAAAACAUUCGCCUUCACAGUCUUCCACUACCACAGGGUUAAAUUUGAGCACCAACUCCACAAAAGUUCUAAUGCGGACAGACGUGACAGAUGCACAAAAUCCGCUAGAAUCCCAGCUUCAAAGCUCAUACAAUGGACUGCCAUACGUCGGCUCCGAGUUCGAGCUGUCCACGGACACUGACGAUGACAGUGUGAACGGAGAGGCGGAUAGCAGCAAUAUUUUAGCACCUUGGGAUAUGGUCGUUGAAGCACUCCGUGAUACCGGACCCAAGGAACGAGAUCGAGUACUCGGUCUGUUACGGAAAGUUUUACACGAAAACCAACAAUUACGUUAUAGCAAUCUUCAACUCAGCGAAAUGACACACAAACGUGACGUAAUGAUCAGAGAACUUCGAGAACAGCUACGAGCGUGUCGACACCAUUUGCAAAUUCUCAGGUUACAAGAGCCCACCAUUCAAUCCAAUGGCUUGGGCAACCAAGACGGUCUUCAAGAUGACAAGAUUCGCAGCUUACCAUUGAAAAAAUCAUUAACGAUCAUAGACGAGAACGAUUUUGUAAACACCUGUCUAACCAAAGAAACCGACGUCGGUGAAAAUGAUAAUAACUUAGUGAAAGUGAAUAGUCAGACAAAGUUAUAUGAGAGAAAGAAAAGGAAUCAGUCGGAAAAUGAUCAAUUCAGCAAUAAUGAAGAUGAACAUGAAGCUCUUUGCAACAAUAAGGAAAACGAUUAUGAUCACGGUAAUGGUAGUGAUAAAGAAAGUGAGAAAGCCGAUAAUGCUGUUGAUAUCGUUGAUCAUAUCCGAAGUAACGCCGACAUCGAAGAAAGUGUUGAUGAACCAGCGAGCAACAAAAAUGAUGUUAACGAAAUUGAUAUAGAUAAGCAGCCACAAGCGAAGCGUUCUAGAAUCGAAAGUGGCAGUGAAAGCAGUGAUAGCUUAAGCCGGACAUAUGCAAUAAACAAAGAAAACAUAGGCCAUUUAGCAGAACAUACAUCACAAGGAACUGAUCAUGAUCCCAAUUUCGAUUCUGAAGACGAGGCGCCGUUGUCGGAUUACGGCAACGAGUGCCCAAAAAAUAAAAAUAAAGUAUACACGCAAAUAAGCAACACUGAUUUGGGUGAUGACGAAGCGGAGACUUCCCGUUUCACUGUUACAAAUGGUAGCAGCAGUGAUACAAAUACAUCGGAUGAUGACGGAGAUGAAAGCAGCGCACCUUUAACGAGCUCACAAACGGUAGAGUCAGAUGUUCAAGCACCACACAGCAGCUCCUUAGGUAUAGUACCAGCGGCAAGUACGCCACUGUCGCCUCAUUCAACCGCAACUGCUGGACAGUUAUUCGACAGCAGCAAUAGUAGUGAUGAAUUAUCAAUGAAGAAAGCCCAAAUGUCAGCAUCUGAUGCUCUUGCGAAAAUAUCUGAAUCUGCGGACGAUCGCGACGACUUGGCGAAAUUGAAAGAAAAGACAAAGUUCAAGGAAGUUGAAAAAAGGUUUGACGGUGUCCAAGACAGCGCUUGCGAUGAGAUAAAAACUAGUGACAACCGUGAAAAUGUGAAAGCAGGGACUUUGAACAUUAAAAAAGAGCAAAUCUGUACGCGCGAUAGAAGAUUUAUGAACAACUCUAUUCCGUCAGGAAAAUCAAAUGAAGUACAAAAGGCUACAAAAUACGACGACGAAAAAUUCAGCGUCAGUGCUAAGGUUAACAACAAUAACAUAUGUAAGGAUCAGGUGACCCGAACACCUCUCGCCACGAAGGCGAGUAAAAAAGAAACACCGACAACAAACACCGAGUUAUGGGUCAAAGAGGAGAUAAUGUAACCGUUACAAUGCAAUAAGACUGAUAGUCGGCGUGUUCGAUGGGUCUACGAUAGAGUAUAUAAAAACAGGCUAACAUAAUUAACUCAUUUAUCAUGGUAAUGCGAGAGUACUUUCUUAGUACAAGUGGAAAUACAUAAGUAUAUGUAUAUACACACCUUUACUCUGCUUCCCUUAUGAAGAGUACAAUUAACAAGUAAUGUAAAUACUCCAAAUACUCACAUAUGUACAUAAUAAGUAUGUAUUUAUGUGCUUCUCUUUUAAUUACAUUUAGCCUACUAUGUACUACAGCUUCCAUGCUAAAAUGCUUCAAAGCUGACCACAAGUUCACCACGGUAAAUAAUACAGAACUAAAGUGUUACAUUUAUUCAGAUACAUUAAAUAAACGCAUACAUAUACAUACAUACAUAUGUAUGUUUGUGUAUUUGGAAUAUUAAAAUAUUUCAAAUUUAUGGACCGAUACAAUUUUUUAAGAAUUUCAAUAUGAAUUUUUUGCUUUCACGAAAUACGAGUAAUAAAAGUCGUUGGAAAAUAGUUAGGUGACAAAAGUUAAUGGUUACUUCAAUCAACUAGAUUCUAAGCAUAGAAGGCAAGUUGAACACAAUGUAAAAAGCUUCAACGCACACCCAUGCGUGUAUUCACAUACUAUAUGUACAUACAUAACAUAAAUAAUACAAAUCGUUUUAUUCGUUUACUGAGUUUUUGUAUACAAACCUUUCGUUCUUAAUUCAAUUGUUAGAAAAUAUUGAGAACUUCUUCUUUCUUAAACAACUGAAACCUUUUACUGUAAUAUGUAAAAAAAAAAAUUAAUUUUUUAACCAUGUUUUUGGUAGAUGUCCCGUUUUACGAAUAUGCUCUCCCAGUAAUUUCUUUAAGUUUUUCAAAACGAACUGUAUUUUCUUGUUAUUCUGUUUAAAGUGCAAAAAAAGCAUACAAAAUAUAUAUUUACUGAAACCAAAGCUUUAAAAGGAAUUAAAACAAAAAGUUUAUUUAAGAAACCUACAUAUGUAUAUACACAUACUUGUAUAUUUAUAAUAUUAAUUCAA